AUGGUGAACACCGAUAGGGGCUCGUCGUGUAACCCAACCGGCGACCCAACCACCUUACAGAUCGACUCCGGUAACGCAUACCUGGGCUCACACACAGACCUACUGACAAGUCGGAGACUAUUCUACUCACGAGUGGGCUAUUGUCCACAAAAUGACGCCCUUUUGGAUGGACUGACAGGCCGUCAAACACUGGUCUUCUUCGGCCGCAUCAGAGGUCAAUUCUCGACAAAAGGGUUACGACUUAUAGCGGCNUUUGAAUUGAAAGCAAUUCUCGACAAAAGGGUUACGACUUAUAGCGGCGGCAAUCGUCGCAAACUAUCGCUGGCCGUCGCACUCAUAGGCCGUCCCCUCGUCCUACUGCUCGACGAGCCGACCACUGGUGUCGACCCCGACUCCCGACUCAGCAUUUGGUGUCUUUUACGAGAUCUCAUGGUUUGCCAAAAGGUGUCGAUUGUGUUGACUUCACAUAACAUGAGUGAAUGUGAGGCCCUUUGCAGUCGUUUGGCGAUUGUCUCCAAAGGGGUCCUCAAAGCCAUCGGAUUCACGGCUCACUUGAAGUCCUUUUACGCCAAAGGUUUUGAUCUUAUCGUCAAAGUGAAGAGCGGUUCAAACGAAGUGAUUGUCGACGAAGUGAAGAGACGUAUGAAUGAGACGUUUGGCGACAACUGUAUCGAGAAAUACGACAAUUUUGGUGUCAUUUACUAUAACCUGCAGUCAGUGGACAGUAGGUUAUCGCAAAUCUUUCAGUCAUUGAAUGAAUUGAAACGCGAAUUGCAUUUCGAGGACUACUUCGUGUCCAACGCCAGUCUCGAACAGGCAUUCCUCCACAUGAUUGCCAAUCAGGAUACCAGUCUUCCGGAUGAAUAA